AUGGAGGAAAUUCCGUCUCUCUUUGAGGCCGCUCGCAGCGGCGAUCUAGACCUGGUAAAAACCCUCACCCGAAACGGCGCCGAUAUCCAUGAGACCAGGGACCGUGGCUGGACACCGAUCAACGCUGCCUCUGAAAAAGGCCAUAUCGAGGUAGUCAAGCUACUUCUCGAUGGUCAUCUCGAGAUUGUUAGACUACUUCUGGGGCAUGGUGUGGACAUUACGGUUCCAAAUGGGGAAAGAGGCUUGCCUAUUCAUUCCGCUUCUGCACUUGGUCAUUUCGAAGUUGUGAAACUGCUGUUGGAGUAUGCUGCGGACCUCUCUGUGCCCGAUGAGCGGGGCUGGCUGCCGAUUCAUGCUGCAACGGUAGGCAACUUUGUCGAUGAAGUGAGGAUUCUGCUGAGGUUUGGUGAGAGUGUGGAAGCUCAGACCAAAGAUGGAGACACGCCUAUCAAUUUAGCUUCCCACGGAGGUUACAUCGAUAUGGUCAAGGUGUUCCUAGAGCACGGUGCGAAGAUAAUGAUUCAAAAUAAAGAGGGAUGGACACCGGUCCAUUUAGCCGCGGAAAAAUGUCAUGUUGAGGUAGUGCGCCUGCUAUUCGAUAAUGGGGCAACUGCCGCGCUUCAAACUACCGAUGGAAGGACUCCCAUGUUGAUUGCAGUGGCCGAAAGCCAUAUCGACGUGGUCAGGCUGCUUCACGAGCGCGGAGGCGACUUCACAACAUCUUCUCAUGCUGGUUACACACCUUUGUCCAUGUCCGCCUUUGACGGGAAUCCUGAGCUUGUGAAAUUGUUUCUCGAGUGGGGAGCUGACCCUGAGAUAUCCCAUCCACUAUAUAUGGCUUCGUUCAAUGGUUAUACGGAGGUAGUACGACUACUCCUCGAUCACGGAGCAAAUACCACGACUACCUAUAAAGAUGGAUGCACGCCGCUUUGUAUCGCGUCCAGCUACCGCCAUACAGAGGUGGUGAAAAUACUUCUAGAAGGAGGCGCCGAUCCAAUGUUCAAGACUGGCGAUGGAAGAACUUCCCUGUUUCUCGCCGCGAUGGACGGCUAUACUGAGAUAGCCAAAUGA